AUGGCGCCUCCGGUGCCCCCCCCUCAGCCGGCCGGGGCCCGGCACUACUACGAGGGCUUCGUGCAGAAGCGGGGGCCGCGGGACAUGGGUUACCGGCGGGUCUGGGCCGGGCUGCGGGGGCCGCUGAUCGCCUUCUAUGCGGUGCCCAGGGACCGCCAGCCCCUGGAGAUGCUGGACCUGAGCGAGCUGGUGGCGGUGCGGGCUGAGGGGGGGGGACUCGUCCUCCAGAUGCGGGACCAGAAUGUAACGCUGAAGGUGGAGAGCGCAGAGGCGCAGGAGAUGUGGCGGGGAUUCAUCCUGACCAUGGCUGAGAUGAAGGUGCCCUCGGACCUGGUGCUGCUGCCCGGCCACAGGUUCCAGCUGCUGGAGGCCCUGCGCGAGGAGCAGGAGCGCCGCGCCGUCCCCAGGGAGCUGCUGGUCUCCCAGCUGCUUCUACAACGUGUCGCGGGGGAGGCCGAGCAGCUGCUGGAGCGCAGCGCGGGCAGCGGGAACCUGGUGCUGCGCCCCGGGGGGCACGGCCACGGCGUCUCCGUCACCACGCGCCAGAUGCUGAACAACUCGGUUCUGAUCAGGCACUACAAGGUGAUCGACCUGGGCCAGGAUUACUGCAUCAGCGUGGACGUGCCGCACUACUGCUCCUCGCUGGCCGAGGUGGUGCAGUACUUCGUGGAGAAGAGCAAGGGCAGCCUGCGGCCCCUGCACUCGGAGUACAACCAGAAGCUGGAGUUUGUGGAAACGGACGGGGAGAACGGCGAGAUGCUGCAGGGGGUGUACGAGCCCCCACCCAGCGCCCCCGACCCCCAGUGUCCCCCCCCGACCCCACCCCCCAGGACCCAGGCACCCGUUCUGCCCGACGCCGAGCCCCCAGCCCCGCAUCGCCCCAGGCUGCAGCCCCCCGAGCAGGACAUCACGGAGGAGCUCCUGCAGAAGCUGAGGGUGCGACGAGCUCGCACGGACGGCUGA